CACGCGCACUGCGUCGCCAUGUUGCUGCUGCAGGCUUUUGUUCUCGUCGCCACUGCCGCGGCAGCCCAGGUCGCGAAACCGCCGCCAGCCAGACAACAGGCAAAUACGGCAUUGCUCACAAAAGCGAACAGGGAUGAACGCAUCAUCAACGGCGUGGACGCGCCCGACGAGUACCUGUACAUGGCGGCCGUCUUCGCCGAUGGGGCGACCCUGUGUGGCGGCACCUUCGUCUCUCGCAGCUGGAUCCUCACCGCCGCGCAGUGCGUCGUCGGGUUCACCAUUUGGGAGGUGUGGCUGGGAGUGACGAGUCUGGCGGGAGGUGAUCCUGGUCGCAUCACCAUCGUGUCGGACAACGCCACCGCCAACCCCAGCUACAGCGGCAACAACUACGACAUCGCCGUUAUCAACACCAUCGUCGUCGAGGCAGUCUACCUCGCGCCAGCGGACCUGCCGUUUCGCUCUGACACGCCGGCCAGCCUCAUCGGGGAGGUGGCCGUCAUGACGGGCUGGGGGGCCACUGUGGCAGGAGGGCCGACGGAGACGACUCUGAAGACCGCCAACGGCAGCUUCGCCGGCGAGUGCGGGGCUGGCUACCACGUGUGCAUCUACACGUACAACCAGGUGGACGUCACCACGGGUGACUACGGUGGUCCUCUGACGGUGGCGGGUGUUGGAGUGGGCAGCUAUAAGGUGGUGGGCGUCGCCAUCGGCACCGACCUCUCUGGUAACCGGUCCGUCUUCACCAACGUCUACCAGAAUCUCGACUGGAUCGCCUCUGUCACCGACCUCCCCAUCUACGAUUAGUGCCACGACGGCGGCACUUCACAAGUACAACCACAAGCUGCACUGCCCCUCUCAGAGGACAACUCGUGUGGCGCUCUGGAACCUCCUCGGCGCACGUGUCGUAACGCCCAUCAGCGACUCAACUGCGGAAGCCGUAUGAAUUCUGACAUCGGGUGCUGAUGGGCUCCGAGCUCCACAUAAGUGCGUCGGUGCCUAAGGAGUUAAAAGGAGACUCAAAUUUCGUGGAUGCACAGCCAAACAUCUCCUCAGUGCUUGUAGCGUAAACAAUGUUCCUGUAGCGAACACAAAACGAAGAACUUCGACAGUGCUCAAAGUCUGUGUGCCGGUAAUCCGAUAGUUUUGUAGUGCAUCCGGUAAUAAUAAUUAAUAAAUUACUGCCGAAGACCUACAAAACCAGACGUGAAAUUAAUUCAUUGAUCUUAGUCUCUUAAAAAACUGUAUUGAUUAGAGCGGUUUUGACCCAGUACAACAUGUUUUUAAACCAUAUGUAGCUUUUUCACGGUCAUUCGACAGUGGUCGUCAUCCACUGUUUUCUGUAUAUAAAUUUGUUGCGGCGAUGUAUUUUAACUGCCAGAACUAAACGAUACUUCUGUAUGUUUCAUUAGUUGAACAUUAAGUUAAUUACGAAAUUAAUAUGCAAUUAAUCUGUGAAUACCUUUGUAGGAACAUUUACAAACAAUGAAUUAUGUUAAUCAUUUAACAAAAGUAUCAUCUGCCAAUAACUAUUAGUUACUGUAAGCGACUUGAGAAUCGCAUGAGGAAGAUGUGCAGUACAUUAGUUUUGGAUAGCUUAUAGCCAAUGCAACUAGAAAAAUGAAUCUUUGAUACGAAGAAAAUAUAUUUGGAGUACGAUGGUUCUAUGUGAUACAACAACCCGUAAACAUUAAGUUCAAGCUACACAAAUCCUACAUAUUAUGUUCAAGCAGUGUACAUUAUGUACAGCAGAAAAACUUUAUUAAUAAAACCAAUUGAGAGUA